GGUUCGGGGCCGAGAGAGGGGCGCGCUUAGCGGCCCCUCUCCUGGCAGCUUGGAGAGCUCCGUUAUGGCGGAGGCGAAGGGGGAGGCGGAAGGAGCGAGCGUGGCUACAGUUCCUGGUUCGGGUGCCGACGGCAAUGGUCAGUCGCCUGCAGUCGAAGGAGAGGGAGUUGGGGCGAGGGGCAAAGAGAAGGACGUGGCCGCGAAAGGAAAGGAGGCCGGCGGGGACAGCGAGGAGGACGGCGAGAAUGUGUUCGAGGUGGAGAAGAUCCUGGACAUGAAGACUGAAGGGGGUAAGGUCCUUUAUAAGGUUCGAUGGAAAGGAUACACAGCAGAUGAUGAUACCUGGGAGCCUGAGAUUCACCUUGAGGACUGUAAGGAAGUUCUUCUUGAAUUUAGGAAGAAAAUUGCAGAUAACAAAGCUAAAUCAGUGAAGAAAGAUAUCCAGAGACUGUCCUUAAAUAAUGACAUAUUUGAGGCAAACUCUGAUAGUGAUCAACAGAGUGAGACUAAAGAAGACACUUCUCCAAAGAAGAAAAAGAAAAAAGUAAGGCAUAAGGAAGAGAAAAGCCCCGACGACCUGAAAAAGAAGAAAGCAAAGACUGGGAAACUGAAAGACAAGCCCAAACCAGACCUGGAGAGCUCCUCUGAAAGUUUGGGUUUUGAUUUAAGGACAAAGAAAAGAAUUUUGGAAGCCAAAGAAGAAUUAAAGGAAUCCAAAAAGCCCAAAAAAGACGAUAUAAAAGAAACUAAGGAGUUAAAGAAAGUUAAAAAGGGUGAAAUAAGAGAUUUAAAGACUAAAAUAAGAGACGAUUCAAAAGAAAUUAGAAAAACAAAAAAAGAGAAAUGUGUUGAAUCUCAGGUGGACUCUGACCUGGGUGUACUUAGUGAUUCUCCCCUUCAGGAAGAGGACUGUGAAGAUUUCCAGGUUAACAACAGAGAGGAGAAGCAGAAGUUUAGAGGUGCUAAAGAUAAAGCUGAGCAAGAAGCCAGUCUAGAUCCUGCUUCUGAUAUACAGCAGGAUGGCAGUGUAAGUGCUGAUGAGGACGAGGUCAAAGCAAGGAGGAAAAAAAAGAAACCGAGAAGGACAGAGGAGCUUAAAGAGAGCAAAAAGCUAGAAAAUAAGAACGUCUCCUUAGAGAAGAAAACUACACAGAAAAAGCAAAGGAAUCAAGACAAAGGCCAAAGCAGCGCAGAGUUGGAUAAGUCAGUGCCUGCCUCUGCCCUGACACCGCCGAGGAUGUCCAGGCCCACAGACUCCCCGGGGGAGGAGAGAGAGACCAAAAAAUACGAACCCAAAGAAAAAUACCAGAAAAGGCAAGACUUGGACAAGGAAGAAAAAGGCCGAAAAGAGCCCAAGGCAUUAAAGAUAGCAUUUAAGGAAAUCAGAAAUGCAUUUGAUUUGUUUAAAUUAACUCCAGAAGAAAAAAAUGAUUUUCCUGAGAAUAAUCGGAAAAGAGAUGAAAUACCGCCAGACUGUAAAGUCACAGAAGACCACAAAGCCAAGGAAAACAAGCCGUUACUUAAAGAAAGAAGAAAUACAAGAGAUGAGACUGACACGUGGGCAUAUAUAGCUGCAGAAGGUGACCAAGAAGUUCUGGACAGUGCAAGCCGAGCAGAGGAGAGUCCUGAUGGCAGACAGCAGGUUCUGAGUCUGGGCAUGGAUCUGCAGCUGGAGUGGAUGAGACUGGAGGACUUCCAGAAGCAUCUUGAUGGAGAAGAUGAGAAUGUUACUACAGCGGAUGUGAUUCCAAGCAAUUUAUUGAGGGAUGCUGUGAAAAAUGGGGAUUAUGUUACUGUGAAGGUUGCACUUAACUCAAGUGAAGAAUAUAACCUGGACCAAGAGGAUUCAAGCGGGAUGACACUGGUGAUGCUCGCGGCUGCAGGAGGGCAGGACGACCUGCUGAGGCUGCUUCUCAGGAAGGGGGCGAAGGUGAAUGGUCGGCAGAAGAACGGGACUACGGCGCUCAUCCACGCCGCUGAGAAGAACUUUUUAACUACUGUGGCUAUUCUCUUGGAAGCAGGAGCUUUUGUAAACGUCCAGCAGAACAAUGGUGAGACGGCACUAAUGAAGGCUUGUAAAAGAGGAAACUCGGACAUCGUCCGGCUGGUCAUUGAAUGUGGAGCUGACUGCAAUAUUCUGUCAAAGCACCAGAACAGUGCGCUGCAUUUUGCAAAGCAGUGCAACAACGUGCUGGUGUACGACCUGCUGAAGAGCCACUUAGAGACACUUUCAAGAGUAGCUGAAGAAACUAUCAAGGAUUACUUUGAAGCACGUCUUGCACUACUGGAACCAGUCUUCCCAAUAGCAUGCCAUCGCCUCUGUGAGGGGCCAGAUUUCUCGAUGGAUUUCAAUUACAGACCCCCACAGACUAUACCAGAAGAGUUUGCUCAAACUCAAGUCCAUGGAGUCAGUGAUGCCAUCUCAUCCUCUGCUGCCCCCUUCUCCUCCUGCCCUCAGUCUUUCCCAGCAUCGGGGUUCUUUUCCAGCUCUGGCGUCCUGCUGUUUAUCUUCCAUGCAAACUUUCUGGGUAAAGAGGUCAUUGCUCGCCUCUGUGGACCAUGUAGUGUACAAGCUGUUGUUUUAAAUGAUAAAUUUCAACUUCCUGUUUUUCUGGACAGUCAUUUUGUUUACUCGUUCAGCCCUGUGGCAGGCCUCAAUAAAAUGUUCAUAAGACUGACGGAAGCACCUUCUGCUAAGGUUAAAUUGCUAAUAGGUGCAUACAGAGUACAGCUACAGUGACCAGCAAGAACUGGAAGAGUUACUCUUAAGACCUGUUUCUAAAUACUCUUCGCAGCAAUUUGGAAUUCUGGCACAGCUAACAUUUCCAAACUUAAAGUUUCUUCUGUAAGCCUCUUGCAUUGAAGGCCAGUCAUCUGUUACAGUCUGUUGAGAUGGGACACAGUGGGUCUAACAUAAAACACAGAUGUAAGUAUUUGUGCAAGUGUUCUGAAUCUCAGUGUUGUGUCCAGACUAUGUUUUUCCACAAUGUGGAAUGGUACAUAUGAGGAUUAUUUAAAAAAAUUUUUUUAAAAAUUUUAAGUUGAAAAUUUUUUUACUAGCCCUAGUGAAUUUUUAUGUUAAAAAGCCCCAGCAGGAAUGUUACAUUAAGUUACCCAGGCACUAAGAUAAGGUGUGACUUUGCAGCCCUCAAAGUAGGACAAAUCUAAAGAAAACUCGAGGAAGGUUUGACCUUUCCAAAAAGCUGCUGACAUCGAUCCUGAGUAAGUGACAGCUUUAUAUAUGUGCAGUUAUCCUUUAUUGUUUGCAAAGAAAAUAAACCAUAAUCUGAGGUAUAGCAGAAAAAAACAAACUGGGACAUUACAUGAGGCAUAAAAGGUGAUACUACAUGUGAACUGUAACCUUGUUCUUGGACCCAAGUCAUCAGAUGGUCUGUGCUCUGAAUGCUGGGAAGACCAGCCACACUGAGCCUCCUGUCAAGUGAUUUCCCACAGGUCUAAGGCUUCCAUUCUUUCAAGAAAUAUUUGGCAAACUAAUAAAGCAAGAUGUCUGGAUUAUAGGAAUGUAUAAAAUCUUUUAAGUUUGAUUGGUUAUAUACUGAGUUAAAUUUUAAUGAAAAAUUUUCAGAAAUGUCUGGGUUCCAGAACCCCGUCAGAUACCAAGGAUGCUCAAGUCCUUUAUAUGAAAUCAUAUGUUGUAUCUGCAUUUAACCCCUUUGAGUCCCACCUUUUACUUUUAAUCCUCUCUGGACUAACAGUUUCUAAAACAAAGUAAAUGCUAGGUGUUAAUGUUAAUUCUAUGUAGAGUGUUCCUGGUGUGCUUUGGGGGAACUUUUUUCUGCCCUAGACGCAGGCAGAACCUGUGGAUACUUAGA